UUAUUAUUUUUUUUUUUAUUUUUUUUUUUUUUUGAAUUGUUGAGAGUAACAAGAGAAAGUUUUAGAGAGACAGAUAGAUGAUCUUAUGAUUUUUUAUCUCCGUUAAUCGGAGAGAUAAAAAAAAAAGAAGUUUGGAUUCUUUAUAUUUUCGCAGCAGUUAAACGUCAACAGGCACGUCGUUCAUGGAUAUUUUCCAGCCUUCAUUCUUUAGGAUUUUACGGGGAUCGCAAAGUCUCUAAUCUGAUUCUUAUUAUAAAUACAAAUCAUUGUGAAAUCGAGAGUGAUCUAAUCAGAUGUAUCGUUACAUCAUAUUUUAAAAUUAAACGUGGAGUCAAUCAAAGAUGCUUAAAAUGAGCCUGAUGCAAAAUAAUCUACUAUCAUACAUGAUGAUCCUCUACUUCCUUUUUGUGAGUGAGGCUUAUCAGAGGAAGGAUGGCAGCAAGGAUGGUUCGAAAUUGAUAAGGAUUAAUGGCGAUAUCAUUCUUGGAGGAAUUUUUCCUAUGCACGAACAGAUAUGGGUAAGAUCACGUGGUGCUGGUACAAUCGGUGAAUCACCUUGCGGUGCAGUAAAGGAAGAAAAAGGUGUACAGCGAUUAGAAGCAAUGUUAUACGCAUUAGACGAGAUUAAUGGUGAUCAAGAGCUUCUACCAAACACUACAUUGGGUGCAUUGAUAUUAGAUUCAUGUAGCAGCGAGACGUAUGCUCUUGAUCAGAGUAUGGAAUUCAUGAGAUCUUAUAUGAACCAGGACAUUUCGGAGUACAAGUGCGAAGAUAAUAAACCACCUAUAUACAUGCCACAUAAACCAGUAACCGGAGUAAUAGGAGCAUCCUUCAGUGUAGUUUCCAUCAUGGUCGCUAAUAUUCUAAGACUUUUCAAGAUACCCCAAGUGAGCUAUGCAUCAACCAGCACUGAAUUAUCGGACAAAAGUCGUUUCGAGUAUUUCAGUAGAGUUGUACCACCAGACAGUUUUCAAGCGCAGGCCAUGGUCGAGGUGAUACAUCGUUUAGGAUGGAAAUAUGUUUCUACGGUGGCCGUCGAAGGUGAUUAUGGUGAAAAGGGUAUCGCCAGUUUUAUAUCGUUAUCCUUGGAAUAUAACAUUUGCGUUGCUGUAAGCGAGAAGAUAUUACGUAAUUCGAAGACCGAAGACUUUGAUAAGAUCGUAGAAAGACUAAGCACGAAACAUAAUGCUCGAGGAGUCGUAUUGUUCGUUGAUGAAGAUAAUAUAAGAAAACUUCUACAAGCUACGGUGAGAGCCAAUCGUACGGGUCACUUCAUGUGGGUUGGUAGUGACUCCUGGGGUGCUAAAGUUUAUCCGGUGAGAGAUCAAGAAUUUGCUGCGGAGGGUGCUAUCACUAUACUACCAUAUAGGACUGCCCUUAAAGGUUUUGACGAAUACUAUCUUAAUCUUCGACCAAGAAUGGCUAAUGAAUGUCAAGGUCAAAGUGAGAAUAAUAUUCCACACGAAUCAUUACCCGGAAAAAUAGUAAAUUGUAGGAAUAUAUGGUUCCGUGAGUUUUGGUCGCAACAUCAUAAAUGCACUUUCAGCCAAAAUGCAUCGAUCGAAAUGACGAGAUGUACUGGUACUGAAGAACUUAAGGAUUACGAGCAAGAAGGACUGGUACCUUUCGUUGUCGAUGCUGUAUAUGCAAUGGCUCAUGGAGUUCACAACGUGAUAGAGGAAGAAUGCGAAAAUGAAUUUACUGGAUUGCAUUAUGUUUGCGAAACUUUGAAACCUGCACCCGAUGGCCAACAACUUCUACAAUAUAUUCGAAACGUUACCUUCAUUGGUCGUCAAGGUACAGAAAUUAAAUUCAAUAUCAAUGGCGAUGCCUAUGGGUUUUAUAAUAUUUAUCAAUAUCAACGUAACGAAGAAAAUCGUUUUGAUUAUACUCUGAUUGGCACUUGGAAAGAAGAAUUGGCUUUUGAUAUCAAUAUGACCAGAUGGGCAACAGGAGCUGGUGAACUUCAUAUACCAAGAAGUUCCUGCAGUGAUAAUUGUCCUUUAGGUCACGUCAGAAAUUUCCAGGAGGCAUGUUGUUGGAGAUGUGUAGCUUGCCGAGAAGAUGCUUACGUAUUCAACGACACUUGCAGCAGUUGUGGACCUGGAUACGCUCCUGACGAAACAAAAACAAGUUGCAUCAAAUUAACAGCUGAAGUUAUAUCAUGGACCAGUCCGUGGGCAUUGGUACCACUAGUUUUCGCUUCCAUUGGCAUCCUCAGUACACUUUUCACAACGUUUGUAUUCAUUCGAUUCAAUCGUACCCCAGUGAUCAUGGCUUCUGGUCGAGAAUUGUGUUACGUUUUACUCGUUGGGAUUCUAUCUUGUUAUGGGAUGAGCUUCGUUAUAUUGAGCAAACCAACAACAUGGAAUUGCACCUAUCUUCGUAUUGGUCUAGGCCUUUGCUUGAGUAUUUGUUACAGUGCAAUACUCACCAAAACUAAUCGUAUUUCACGUAUAUUUAAUCAAGGUACGAAAAGUAUCAAAAGACCUUCAUACACGUCGCCAAAAAGUCAAGUUGUUAUUGCUAUCGGGAUCACUGCAGUCCAACUGAUCGGUGCCAUCGUUUGGCUGAUUAUCGAACCACCUGACACCACAGAGAUCCAUCCGUAUCCACUAUCAGCUGUAUUGACAUGUCGUGUCUCAACGUUCUCCUUGAUGAUGUCUCUUGUAUAUAAUAUGUUCCUCAUACUGAUGUGUACUCUAUAUGCAUUUAAAACAAGAAAAAUACCAGAGAACUUCAAUGAAGCUAAGUACAUUGGUUUUACCAUGUACUCGACUUGUAUAGUCUGGCUUGCCUUUGUACCAAUUUAUUUUGGUUCGAAGAAUGAUUACAAGGUCCAAAUAGCAAGCAUGUGUAUGUGUAUCAACAUCUCAGCAUCUGUUGCUCUUGGUUGUCUAUUCACACCAAAGGUCUAUCUUGUAUUAUUUCAACCUUACAAGAAUGUACGACCUGGUCCCAACCCAGGAGGUGUUCAUUGUAUUAACAGGCCAACAUUCAUAAUGCAAUUUUCGGGUGCGAGAAGUCAAACGAUGCAGAGCAUGACCUCAGGAUCACGUAGCAGCCCUCCCCCAUCACGAGCAUCUCGAAGUGAGCAAAAGCAUAUAAAUGGUGAAAGUCAAGCCCUGGCAAGCCCGUCAGUCGAAGAAACAUCAGUUAGCUAGGUCGCUCUCAUACACCUCCCUCUUUGUCCAGAGCAUCAUCUGAAGGUGCAUGAGACUGAGGUGGAGGUGUAUGUCGAUGAAGAAAUCGCAAGAACAACAGAGAAACUCUCGAUCGUUAGUGAAUUAUCAGAGUUACCAGAUGUGCCAAGUUCUGAUGAGGACUAUGACCUUGAACAGGUAACUACACCGAUCAACAGCAUCUCUGAAAGGAUAGAUGUCUCUACAGAAUUAAACGAUCGUCCGAACGAGGAACAUAUUGGACGUAUCUAUAGUGCAUCUCCAACAUUCUCGGAUUUUUCAUCAUAGUGUUCGACGUCAAUCUUUUCUUCAUUUCGUCGAACUAUUCAAUUAUGAUCUAUACUCGAGUAUAACUUCGUACUCUCGAGAUAUAGUAUUAUAGAGAGAUCUUUUUACUAUUUCAAUCGGUAAGUAUGACUAUAAAAUCGUUCAAGGACAAACUUUUCAAACAAGAAUUUCAAAAAAGUUUUAAGGUUCUAAUCAAUCGAGUGGUAUUCGUACGUACACGUAAUGACCUAAUUGUUCGUUCAUAAAUAAUAUUUUUUAUAGCCAUUUCUCUCAUUGACAUCUUCGAGUAUACUUUUAAAAAAGGAUUAAAUUGACAUACAAUACUUGGUUCGUUUUUAUGAGAAAAAUUUUGAUUCUAAUCAUUCGUUUUUAUCAUCCACUUAAAGAGAGAAAUGUUUCUGUAAAAUAUACGAUAUAUGAUAUCCAAUUGAUUUUUCAAUCGUGUUAAAUGCAAAUAUAAUUAAUUAUCAUGUCCGAUAAUUAAGACGAUAUUAUACAAAGUUAGAGGCAAAUUACUACUUGCAGCACGAUAAGAAUUGCUAGGUAAGAGAAAAAACACUAUGAAUAAUGAUAAUAAUGAUAGUUUUUAGUCCUAUAAUUAUUAUUGAUGAUCGUGUCUAUAUUUGUAGUAAGAGAAAUUAAUGAAUAUAAAGAAAAAUUCGAUUUUUCAUGUUUCUUUCAAUAUUGAUUUUUUU